CUUUCCCGAGGCUCAACCCUUUCCACCUGCUUUCCUCCCGUCCCUUCCCUCUUCCAGCCCCAUGUUGACUUUUGCCGAAUUCCUCAGACCACUCACCAGAAGCCCACCGCGUUCUUCCAAUAGCCGCCCUGAGGGACCAACAGACGAGGCCGGGGUUCGGGGGCGGUCUCCUCCCCUGGAAGGGCGACACCGAGGAGGGCAUUACCCCCUAUCCCACUCGCAGCUCCCCGACGACCCCACGGGUUUCCCCCGGUGGCCUGAGCCAGCUCCCGAGCCCGUCAGGUGAGCAGUGGCGCUCACGCCCGUGAGAGCGCCGGGAAUACUUACUCUCAGAAUCCGAAAAGCUCCGCCACGAGCCCGCACCGGCUGCCAUGGCAUUGAGUUUGGGUCCCCCGAAGGGACUAAGGUCAGCGAGAGUUCAGAGUUGACUCCGACGGGGCGGAUGAGGGUCUACGACAGGGGAGAAGGCUCAACGCCCCAUUGCCGGUCGCAGCUUCGGCUUUUCCGCGGCACUCGCGCCCCGCGAUCCAUCCCGCAAACCCGGAGCUCCACCGCGCGCCCUCCCACGCCCCACCAUCCGGACUUCACUUCCUCCCCGUCCCCUCGGAGGCAGGGUCCCUGCAGCCUGUACCUUUAAGAGGAGCUGAGCGUUCUGGAGCAAGGGGCGACAGGUUGGCGAGUCACGUGACAGUGCCGGCGGGUCUCCCCAUCACGUGCUCGGAGAUCCUCGCCACUUCCGGGUCCUCCCUCGGUCUCUUCUUCAGGCCUUCCCCACCUUCGGGGGAGGGGCCGGGAGAACCCUGGAACAGCUGAUUUUAAAUUAGAGCGGGUGGGUUCUGCAAGAAGAGCCAUGACGUGAUUUAGCAACGCCUAAGGCCGAGACGUGAUCCUGCCAGCACUGAUGAUGGUUGUAGGCGGCUUCAGCUCCUCUGCCGCUGCCCUCACCUGCCAGAAACAAGACUCCUUCAGCACCUUUGUCUCCUACCUCCUGGGAGAUGAGGUCCCCACUGCAGGGGGGAGGGAGGCACAGGCAGCCAAGGAACUGGGGGAGAUGACCACAGGGAGAGCUGUGGAGGAGGAAGCCCAGGAGGCCCCAGAGGGCCUUAGAGGCAGGGAUAGCGAGGGAGAUGGGGAACUGAGGGGAUCUGGAGAGGCCGGGAGAUACCAGGAGGGAGGUUCAGCUGCAGAACAGACCUGGGGUUGGAGAGAAGGCAGCUCCCAUGGGUCCCAAGCAGAUAGGCAGGUUGCCGGGGCCUGGGAGGCAGCAAAGACCACCAGGUGCCAGGAGCCAGGUGCCCCCUCGGAGGCCAGGAAGAUGUCUGAGGCAGAGUCUGGGGCUGGCUGGGAUAGGAGCAGCGAAGCCCAGGAGAGGCAGGAGCCUGAUGAGCAGGAAAUGAACAAAGGGGAGACGCUGAGAACCUGGGAACUGGAGGAGGAGAAGGAGGAGGAGGAGGAAGAGGUCAAGGCGAAAGAACCAGGGGUGGCCGGAGGGGCGGAGUCAGAGUGGACCUGGCAUGGGGAGCCGGAGGGGAAGGCUGGUGUUGGCUGGCAAAAGGCAGCGGGGGGUGGCAGUGAGACACAGCAGAUGGUCAAGGAGGCAGUUGCAGAGGAGACCCCGCAGCCCAGGGCCAGAAGGAGUGGGAUGGAAGAGGAGAUGGUGGUAGUGGUGAGGGGUGCCCAAAUUAGAGGGGCACAAGGAAUGCAGGGACCAGAGGCAGAGUGUGAGGACCGGUCAACCUCUGGCAGGGAAGAAACUGACCUCCCAGGAGUCAAGGAGACAGAAUCUGGGGCAGUCUCAGGAGAAAGGACCCCAGAGGGUACUGACAGCAUCUGGGUCCUAGAAGAGGCCUCCAAGGAAGCCUGGGAAGAGUUGGUGGAUGAGAAGAGAGAGGCUGAGAGCCUUUUCUCCAAACACACCGAGGCCCUGGGGACCGAGGGAGCGGAAGAAGAGGCUGAGGACUUGACUGCAGGGAGCGAGGCUGCAGGAGGCCGGGGGUCAGAGGAGGAGGUAGGGGAGGGCUUCGAGGGCCAGGCAGCCCAGGGUGGGAUAGAGGCUGAGGGGAGGCCAGACUCUGAGAUCGGCGCUGACGAGGCCAGUCUGGAAGAGGUGGUGCAGGCAGAGGAGGCCCAGGAGCUGAAAGGAAGCUGCUGGGCUGCAGAGGCCGAGGUGCCCCGGGACAAAGAGGCAAAAGGGGCUGAAGGUGAGGCUGAUUUGGAGGCAACUCUAGAGGCAAGGCCUGAGGAGGAGUCUGCAGGGGAGAGGAGCGAGGAGGAGAUUCAGAGCAGCCAAGAAACCCUGAGGAUGGGGUGGGGUGGCCUCGAACAUGAGGUCACUGAAGGCCCAGAACCUGAGCUGAUGGAAGGGGUCCAGACCCCAACAAAGAAGAAACCUGAGGGAGGACAGGGGGGUGAGGAAGAGCUCUGGAGAGUUCCAGUCCUGGGCAAAGAGGAGGCAGAAGGGAGCCUGGAGGAAUGUCCCAGGUACCUGGGCUCUGUAAAGCCUGAUGUCUCUGAGGCAGAGGCCUGGGGAAAUGGGGAGACAGGAGACACCCAGGAAGAAAGACCAGAUGCUGAAGAGGGUGAGGAGGCUACAGGGGACCAGGUCCUGGAGGCUGAGGCCCAAGGUAGUAGGGAUUCUGGUAUAUCAGAGGUCCCAGAGGCAGGGGGGGAGUGGAAGAGAGCAAAGGACCCUGGGUGUGGGACAGAGGAGGGGGAGGUCCUGGAUGUGGAGAACCAGGAGCCAAGUGGAGGCUGUGUAGCUGAAGCAGGGGCAGGUCAGGCACCAGAAGAGAAUGCCACCAGAGAAAGCAAGGGUGCCGGGGUGGAGGCCGCAGUGCCGUGGGGAACAGACAGAACGUCCAGGAGAAGCUGGAGCCUGGAGGAGGUGGCUCCGAGCCUCCAGGACAGCGAGGACACACAGACCAGGAGUUCUUCAGCUGCUGAGAUUGUGGGGGAUAAGGAUGUGAGGGAGGACCGGGCCGAGGAAGGGCCUGAAAGGGAGGCUGGGGAGGCCUGGGACGCAGAAGGGAGAGAGGAGGCUGGGGGAGGUGUGGAGCUGGCGGAGGUCCAGCCUGAGGAGGUUGCAGAGGGGGAGAGCAGAGGUGGGCAGGAGUUUGGCCUGGAUAGCUCGGCAGAAGGGGAGGCGACUGGCCUGGGUGGCCAAGCAGAGGCUUUGGAGGUCUGGGAGCGAGGGCCUGAGGCCGGCCAGGCCGAGGCUGGGGAGUCUGCAGCAGCAGAAGGAAGCUGUGGGACGGAUCACUUUACCUCGGGCUUCCAGGUGGCGAGGGCAGAGGGGGCCGUAGCCAUGGUGGAGGCCGAGGGGCUCCCAGGAGAGCAGGUGCUGGAUGAAACAGAGGCUGGAGUGUGGCAAGUGAUGAAACAGGGGGGAGACAGUGAGGGGCAGCCUGGGGACCAACUCCCUGAGGGAGAGGGAGGAGGGCUCUUUGACAUGGAGGAUGUCGAGGAGCCUGAAGGCCAGGGGCCAGUGGCCAAGGAGGUGGAUCCAGAAGGCCUGGGGGAUGUCGAGGGUCUAAAGCAACAGUCAACAGACCAGGACCCUCCAGAGGCUGAGCCUGGGCCAUGCCAGGAGGCAGAGGCUGCCGAGGAAGUCGGAAGCGCCGGGAGGGAAGCUCGGGGCAGCUGGAGCGAGGCCGCGCUCCCCGGGUCCCGCCUGGACGUUUCUGUCCCGCGGAGCCGAGUGCUCCUCUCCCGCAGCUCCUCGCAGCGUCGCUCCCGGCCCUCUUUCCGUCGGACCCCCACCUCUGAGCAGCAGCAGGCGCCUCCCAGCCCCCCACCAGAGGAGGAGCUGGCAGCCCCUGAGCAGAGCCCUCUCAAGUCAGAGGAAGCCCCGGAGCCAAGCCCCCCGAGGCCUGAAGGGAGCCCGAUGCCUGCCAGGAGAAGGCCCCUGGGACACGGAUUUGGCCUUGCACACUCCGGCAUGAUGCAGGAACUGCAGGCUCGACUGGGCCAGCCAAAGCCCCAGUGACUGGGCCCCGAGACCCCCGGAGCUGGGCCCUGAGUGGGGCCAGAUGGCCUGGUUGGGCCUUGUACCCCCUGCUCUCCCUGCUGGCUUGGAUGCAUCCUUUCCACCGUCUGGGCCUGUUUGUUGGAGUGUCACGCAUGGAGCCAACCAAAUCAGAUAUCUCUGAGGGCCUUGAACUUCUGGAAGUCUGAGUCCACAGCACAGGCUGGGAGCACCUCUCGUGGCUCCCUGCCCUGAUUACCUCCCCGACCUGCCGCAGCUGCUGGAGGAUUGAAGAGAAGAUUUGGGAGAGACAGUGACAGUCAUCUCCACAGCCUUCCUUCUCUGUCUCUUCAGCUCCCACCUCCCCCUCGCCCGACACAAGGCUGUGUAGGAGUAACACGGACCUCUGGGGUUAAAGCCAGCCCAAAGGAAAGGGGUUUUGGAGGGCCUGAGGAGCAUCACCUGCAAUCAAAAUUUCAUGGGCAGCAGACUGGCUGCCUUGAACUUCCAAAACGAAAGCUCAGCCUCAGAACUCUACUGGUUACUCUGUCAACCACCAGCGGAACAGGUCAGAGUGGAGGGAGGUGGACCAGGGACCCCAAAAUGUAAGUGCAGAGACGGUUCCAGGGUGGCUGGAGGCUGCAGACACCAUGCCAGGCCUCUCUGCCCUUUGGGUCUCUGGCAGCUCUUCUCUGAAAAGAAGCUGAGGCAGAGAGAAACGUACGAGUGCUUUAUUAGGCACCCAGCCUGGUGGCCUAGCCCGAGCAGGCCCCCAAACAAUAAAUAAACCAUCUGUCCUAAACAAUAAAUAAAUAUCUAUGAAAUAAA